AUGUCUCCUCAGUAUCCCCCUGCUCCACGCCAGCUUGCACCAAUGAUGCCAGUACCACCAACAUAUUUUAUGAACAGUCAGCAAUCAUCAGAUAUGAACAAUCAACAAUUAUCAUCAUGUUCACAAACUUCUGGCCAAAAUUUCUCGCAUGGAUUUCACGUAACUGAGGACACUUUUCCUGAGCGUGAUUUAAUUUCUGGAGUUAACCAGAUUUUAAGAAAUGGUAAACACUGAAAUAUUAUAUAUUGUACUUAGAAACAUAUAUAUGUAACAGCCAAUUCAAAGGUUGGCCUUUGCAAAUCUAAAUAGUAAUUUAUGGCCUUGUCAGCACAUAUUGCAUGUAUCAUUCCUAAUCUUUGUUUUUUAAUGUGUUAUUAAGACAUAUUUGAAGAUCAGCCAUUAAACGCACCAAGCUUAAAUCUAGACUUACUUGGAACUGGUAAGUGAUACGUUUUUGAUAUAUCUAAUAACUGGUAUCAUUGAUAUUUUCCUGUUCAGUUGCUUUUAUUUAAAGAUCAGCUCGUUUUAAUUACAGUAUGCGUGUGUUACAAUGAUUAUGGAUAAUAUCGGCGCUUUCCAUUUAAUGGCCUGACCGGUCAGACCCGAAUUGUUUUCUCUGUGUCAAUGUUUUUCAAAUAUCUAGCGAAAAUGGACCUUAUUCUAAUGUUAUCGAAUGAUGGAAAGCGCCCAUGUCACCUUAAUUGAAUUAUAAUUGCCUAUUUUUAUUUCAAUUUACUUCCAGGUUCGAGUUCAUGUCCAGCUUCCAUUGGUAAUGAAGCAUCAAGAUCGAGCAACCGGAGACAGGAGCAAUCGGAUGGUAAUUGUGUAUAACUACCUCGUGCUAACAUCUGCCAUUUACAAUAGAUACUAAUGUUCAUCGGCAAUCUAAUAUUGCGAGUACACCAAAAGCCCGCACAUCAGCUGGAAAGAGUACCCACAGGAGUACAGGUAUGUCUAGUUUGUUAAUUAUUAAAAUGUGUCCAGUAAAUUGCAAAAAUCAAUGGACUAAUAACUAGCUUAAUACAGCUGUUCACUGGAUUCUUCUGUUUAAGCCCGGACCGACAAGGGGUUUGCCAUGUAUAAAUAUUGCUGUUUGUUUACUGUUGCAACAGUUUAGUAUGUGUGUCUUGCAUACAGUAUUGUAUCUCACUUAUUUUACCAUUUUCAUUUAAAUUUGUUGUAUUGACAGGUUCAAGUCCCAGUAUGGUUAGUGAUGAAACGCCAAAGUUGAGCCACCGGAAUUUGAGGCAGGAGCAACCAGACAGUAAGCUAUUGUGUAGUUCAAUACUUCGAGUGUAAAACAGUUACGUACAGCAUUUCCAUGCAAAGACACGGUCAUGGUAAAGUUCUACCGGGGAAUCUAUAUAUAUGACAUGCUAUACACAUCUGACAUGUAUUAGGCACCAUACUUUACUUUUUUGUUUGCUUAUGUUAGUUAUGUACAUAUUUAUUUCAUACACUUGCUAGACUUUCAACAGGCUGUAUUGUCAAAAUUGGACGUGAUGAUCGAGAAGCAAAGUGAAUGCCUGUCCAUGUUACAAGUGCUUCUCGGGGCAGUGAAAGGCGUGGGUGGGCAGGACAUGCUGGAAGAUGUACUACCCAAACCAAAAGAUACGUGCGAAGAGCUCGAAGAGAUGUCGGCUGGGCUUUCUGAUGAUGACGUCAGAAAAAAGACGGUACGUACAGUACUGUACAGUAGGUUUAUACUUUAGUAAAAUUGCUGGCACAAUGAUUUCUGCCAGAUUUGUCUAGCUGCCCCCAUUACCACAGACUCUGACAUCUCCACAAAGAAAUUGACGAAUAUAGGUGGCGAACUGGGACUGUUUGAUAAUUUAUUCAUAAUCUCUCUACAAUGCCGGGGUGGCUUAUUUUUCAGGCCUUUUUAAAGGGGGGGGGGGUAUUAGAGAAAGGAGGGUUAGUAUAGACAUAACAGUAGGACACGACCAAAUACAGUAAAUCAUGCAAGCUACAGUAGCUUCGUAUUGUAGAAACCUUUUUCCGAACCGGGGCUUACAGUAUUUGAAGGGAUUAAUAUAGGAAUUACAUUAUUAACAUUUUCAUAUUUAUUUUGUAGUUAAAUUUGUUGGUUGCCUUAUGUGGGCACACAUGUGCCGAAAGCGUACGGCGCAUUAUGGCAAAGAUUGGCACAAACACACUUUGGUCUGCGUACAGCCUGAAAGGAAGGAAAGCUAAGCGAGCGUUUAAAGACCUCGCUAUGUCGACACUUGUGAUCAGUAAGUAUUGUUAUUUGACUUAUGUUCUGAUUAUUUAGCUAAAAUUCGAGCGUAAUUCAAUACGUAUAUCCACAAAUAAAGCGAAAAAUAUUAGCCAAAUUACCUGGCAAUUAUAUUACAAGUUUGAGUGUAUAAUAGUUGUGUCAUUUUCUUCUAACGUCAACAAAAAAUUAGGGUUGGAGUUAAUAUAGCACUUUAAUGCGACCUGGAGGGGCGCAAUAUCUCAAUAAAAAAUAUCAAUUGUAUCUGCCACUUAUUUAUACCUCCAAGAUUGCAUAGUGCGGUUUUGAACAAAAAUUAAGUAAUCUUUCUGAGUUACAUUCUUGCAAAGUGUUUCUUUCAUCCGGAUUUUUACCCUGCGUAUUAAAACGUACCAGACGUAUUAAAUCAGUGCUUGCCUUUAAGCCGGUUUUCCACUAGGCAGAAUUUUGCGCGCGGAGCUUUAUUUGUUUUUUCAAUUCAACCCGAGAAAUCACAAGCAAAGAAAAAAUCCGCUCCGCGCGUAUACCGCCUAACGGGAAACCAGCUUUAGAGAAGAUAUUUCAGUGUUUAUGCCCGCAUCAUAAGCAAUCCCAGCUCUCAGCUGCACGUUGUAUAAUAAUCUGGAUAGUUGGCGCAGACUUAGUCUAGCGUUCCUGACAAAAUGAUAAUCUUAAUGGUAACUACAUUACAAUAUUCAUUUUCGAUUUGUUAUUUUUAGAGGCUUGCCUCAGAAUCCACAAAGGGACUAGCGAGAAAGAAAUCGAAGAACAAAUUGCGGAGUAUUUAAAACAUGCUCCAAACAAGGCUGGUGGCUCCCGCCAUAAGGUAUUUUCAUGGAUUGUCUAGUUUUUGCUUAAAAAAUAUAUAGAUAUGCUAUAUAUAUAUUGCUUUCUUUUGUAGGAUCGUAAAAAUGAAUGA